GCCGGCGCCCUGCCGCGCGCGGACCUGGCGCUGCUGGAGGAGCUGUCGGGGCUGCUGCUGGCGGCCUCGGCAGCGGCGCCGCGGCCGCCGACGCCGGAGCGCUGCAUCACCACCGUGCUGACCGAUGCCUCGGGCAGGAGGGUCAACGUCGCCGCCCGGGUGCGGCAGCCGAGCGCCUGCGCCACCGUGCAGGAGGCGCCAGUGGCCGUCUGCCUGUGGUCGGACCUGCCCGAGGCGCUGUCGCCCGGCUUCCUCGGUGAGCUCGCCGGCCUGGCCGCCGAUUGCUCCGGGGCGCCCACGCCCGCGGCCCUCGCGCGGCUGUGCGCGUGGCUGGUCUGGGAGGUGCCAGCUCCGCCCUGCGGCGUCGGCCUGUGGCUGCACGGCCCGCGCGGUGCGGUCGGGCUGGUGCGCGGCGCGCUGGAGGGCAUGCCGCGGUCGCACGUGCGGUUGCAGGCGCUGCCGGCCCGCCUGGGGGCCAGGGAGCUGGUGACCCUGACCAGGCUGGUGCUGCUGGAGCAGAGGGUGGUGCUAUGCUCCUCCUCCGCUGCUGUGCUGACGGACGCCUGCGAGGCGCUGUCCCGGGUGCUCCUGUUCCCGCUCGCCUGGCGGGGCCGCUACGCGCCGCUCCUGCUGCGGGCGGGCGAGCUCCAGGGCGAGCCGAGCCGCGGCGCGGUGCUCGCCGGGCUGCUUCGGCACGCGCUCGGGGGGGAACGGGGCCGCGCGAGACCGCGCGGCGCUGCGACUGCUCCGUCUUCGACCUGGACACCGGCGAGGCCCACCUCGCGCCUGGCGCCGAGCAGCUGCCUGAGCUCCCGCCGGCGACGCGCCGGAUUCUGA